AUUUAGAGAGAUAGAGAAGGACUCUUUUAUGCUUCGCUGUUACUCAAGACGCGCGUAAGAAAGUUGCAACCACCUAACAAACACCUGUAUAUGCUCUCCGUUUUCCAUGCCUGUUGCAUAGGUUUAAUCACUGCAUAAUUCCUGGUUCAAUUCCAAAACAGUUCCGAAACAAACCGAUUUCUGUUCCAAGAGAAGGCUCGUUCGAGCUAUUUAUAGCUCGUCGAGUUCUCCUUAUUCCUCUUUGAAUGAUGGAUUUGACUGAAUCAAUUGAUGAAGACAAUCGUGAUGAUCCUCCUGAUCCUGAUGUUGUUGAAACAGAUCCUUCUGGUCGUUAUAUUAGGUAUAGAGAGAUUCUUGGUAGAGGAGCUUUCAAAACAGUUUACAAGGGAUUCGAUGAAGUUGAUGGAAUUGAAGUGGCUUGGAAUCAAGUUAGGAUUGGUGAAGUUAUUCACAGUGAUCAGGAUUUGGAAAGGCUGUAUGCUGAAGUAAAUAUCUUAAAAACUGUGAAAGAUAAUAACAUAAUCAAACUCUACAACUCUUGGGUAGAUCAUGAAAAGAAGACGGUUAACAUAAUUACUGAAUUGUUUACCUCGGGUAGCUUGAGACAAUACCGCAUUAAACACAAGAAGGUUGACAUGAAGGCCGUGAAAGGAUGGGCAAGACAGAUACUGAAGGGGUUGACCUACCUUCAUAGUCACAAUCCUCCUAUCAUACAUAGGGACUUGAAGUGUGAUAACAUCUUUAUCAAUGGUAAUCACGGCCAAGUUAAAAUUGGGGACCUGGGCUUAGCCACUGUCAUGGAACAAGCUAGUCAACAAAGCAUUCUCGGUACUCCAGAGUUUAUGGCACCUGAACUCUACGAUGAGGAUUACAAUGAAUUGGCUGAUAUAUACUCUUUUGGCAUGUGCAUGCUAGAGAUGAUCACCUCUGAAUACCCUUAUAGCGAAUGCGCAAACUAUGCUCAGAUAUAUAAGAAAGUCGUAAAUCGAAUCAUGCCAGCCGCCCUUUCAAAGGUUAAAGACCCACAAACAAAGCAGUUUAUAGAGAAGUGUUUAGGCCCAGUAGCUGAAAGAUUGCCAGCUAAGGAACUUUUGAACGACCCUUUUCUCCAAUUAGAAGAUUGUGCUGCUUAUUGCCCUGUACAGUUAUCUGGUGGUGUGACAGCCGAAAAGGAAACCUAUGCAGAACAAUGCGUGAUAUCGGAAGACCGAACUAUUACAAGGCAGGUUUCCGCCAUGGAUCUUGAUUCUGUUGAUGAGGCUGUCAUCACUAUUCUCCAGAAUAGAUUUUCCGGUGGAUCCCAUCUUAUGUCUCUUGAGGUCCGAAGGGUAAUAAGAGGCAAUGAAUUCAGGUUACAAGGGGAAAGAUUCGAUGAAAAUUCUGUAUCAUUAAACUUAAAGAUUGCUGAUAAAAAAGAGCGUAUACAUUUCAUGUUUUUCCUCAAAAGCGAUACAGCCCUUUCAGUUGCAAGUGAAAUGGUUGUGCACCUAGAGCUGGCAGCUCAGAAUGUCCUGUUCAUCGCAGAGUUGAUUGAUGUGUCGAUACUGAACUUGAUACCAAACUGGAAACCUUGUGUUCCAAUUGAUCACCUGGUAACUAGGAAUGCAAAUCAGUUCUCACAAUUGGCGGAGCCCAAGCAAAAAGAUAGCUCUUUUGGAUCUUUCUACAACAAAUUCGAAGCCACAAACAUAUCCAGUCAUGCUCCAAGUGUUGAUUCUAUUGCCAGUCAUGAAGCUUCUGGCACAAAAAAGGUUGACGAGAUUAUAGCACAUGCUGAUUAUGGGACGAGAAAUAAAGCUGCUGUAGAAGACCGAGAUUCUGAUAUGUCGAUGGUUUCUGGAACAUCUUCUGAAGGAAACUACGAUAACUAUAACAUCAAUACAUGUGCUUGUGCCGAUUUAGGAUUCAUGGAGUACAAUGGGUGUGAAGUUAAUGAUGGAAUAGUUAUAGACAACCUAUCUGAAGUUGAAGCAGGUGUCAAAAAUUCUUCUGUCGAUGUGAGUAACGGUUCUUCUGUAAAUGAUAAUGACGAAACUGGUGUGGAUGAAGAGACUAGACUGGCGUUGGAGAUGAUUGAGUUACAGUACAAGCAAGCUAUGGAGGAAAUCUCAAGGAAAAGGGAUGAAGCUAUCAUGAUGCUUAAAAACCGGGUAUCACAAAAGAAGAUGGUUACAGGUUACUAGUCUUAAGUUUCAUAGUUUUCAACUUCUUUUUACUCCCUUUCAAUCUGUACAAAUCUCUGUUCUCUUAUGGGAGAGAACACAUUUACUUGGUGAAGUAUUCACAUUUCUUCUCAUGUCUAUAAAUCCAUCUUUAAAGAGUGGAAGUAGCAGAAGUUGUUAUUUCUUCCCUCUUGUUUCCUCAUA